AUGGUAAAAAAAAAUGAGUUGAGAUUUACUAUGAACGUAUUACAUUACAAAUCAUGGUAUUUAUAUAAUAAAGUAGGGUUUUUUUCAAGUGUAAAGUCCCCAUUAAUUAAUGAGUCUAUAAUUAAUAAUGAAUCAUUAAAGAAUGAGUCAGAACAAACAACGAAAAAUAAGGAACAAAAUCAGCUAAAAAAAUUUUCCAUAUUUAGAUAUAAUCCUCAAAGUAAUAAUAAGAGACCAAAAAUGCAAACGUUUGAAGUAGAUAUCGAUAAUUGUGGGCCAAUGGUUUUAGACGUAUUAAUAAAAAUAAAAGAUGAAAUAGAUUCUACUUUGUCUUUUAGGAGGAGUUGUCGAGAAGGUAUAUGUGGUAGUUGUGCUAUGAACAUUAAUGGAAAAAAUGGAUUAGCUUGCUUAACAGAAGUAAAUAAAAACAAAAAAGAGGUUACAGAAAUACAUCCCUUACCAAACUUAUACAUUAUGAAGGAUUUAGUGCCAGAUUUAACUAAUUUUUACAAUCAGUAUAAAUCUAUUGAUCCAUGGUUAAAAAGAAAAACGAAAAAAGAAAAGGGACAAAAAGAAUUUUAUCAGUCUAUUGAAGAUAGAAAGAAAUUAGAUGGUUUAUAUGAAUGUAUUAUGUGUGCUUCUUGUUCUACUUCAUGCCCAUCGUAUUGGUGGAAUCCCGAAUAUUAUUUAGGACCUGCUACAUUAAUGCAAGCUUAUCGAUGGAUUGUCGAUAGUAGAGAUGAAUACACAGAUGAACGUUUAAUGGAAGUUAAUGAUACAAUGAAAUUGUAUAGGUGUCAUGGAAUUAUGAACUGUUCAUUAUGUUGUCCUAAAGGCUUAGACCCAGCCAAAGCCAUAAGAAAUAUGAAGGAAUUAGUUCAGCAAAAAUUUUCGGAGGAAAAUAUAAAAUCACACUCCAUUUAUGUGAGGGAGAAAAUGGGAAAAACCAGUUAG